AUGUGGCUCCUGGAGCGGCUGCGCGGCGUGGCCGAGAACGGGUCCCGUGGCGCGGGGCCGGAGGAUUCCCCCCGCGGGUCCCGCUACAGCAACGUCCUCACCCCCGACAAGAUCCCGGACUUCUUCAUCCCCCCCAAGCUGAGCGCGGCGCCCGCAGAGGCCGAGGGCUCCGAGCCCCCCGCGACGCCCACCCUGGGCCCCUCGGCCUCGGAGCAGGACCUGGCCGGGCGCAAGCCCCCGCGGAGCCCCCGGGCCUCCAGCCGCCCCCGUGCCCGUCACAUCAUCCAGGUCGAGAGCGCCGAGGACUGGACGGCCGAGGGGGGCUUCGGCACCAACGUGGACCCGCAGGCGCAGACGGCCAUGUCGCUGCCUUAUGUACCCAAGGCUCAGACCUCCUACGGCUUCGCCACGCUGGUCGAGAGCCCCCACACGCGGCGCAAGGAGUCCCUGUUCCACAGCGACCACAGCAGCCUCUGCCCCUCGCCGGCCACCUCGCCCAGCGCCCAGCGCAGAGCCAAGCUCAACGGGGACAGCGGCCCCCGGUCGCCCACAGACCUGGGCGCAGCCCUGAUGCAUCCCGGGCGCUACUUCAGCGGCGGCGAGAGCGACACCGGCUCCUCGGCAGAGUCGUCGCCCUUCGGCUCCCCGCUGCUGUCCCGCUCCGUGUCCCUGCUGAAGAUCUUCAGCCAGGAGAGCCAGUCCAAGAUGAUCAAGCUGAAGCACUCGGUUGCCCGCAACAGCUCCUUGUCCACCGACGACAGCUCGGCCGACACCAGCCCCAGCGCCCAGCGCCGCUCCCGCAGCGCCCCGGCCGGGACACAGCCUCCGACCGCGCUGCUGCCGCUGGAUGCUCCGCGGGGCCGGGAUCGGGAGCAGAGCCUGAGGCUGAGCCGCGGGGGGAGCCUGCGCCUGGCCGCCGAGUACGACCCCUCCAACGCUCGCCUGCGUGUGCGGCUCGUCUCCGCCGAGGAUCUCUACGAUGCCCUGGUCGACGUGCGCAGCAUCAACUGCUGCGUCUCGCUGUGCCUCAACCCCGGGAAGCUGCAGAAGCAGCGCAGCACCAUCGUCAAGAACAGCCGCAACCCCGUCUUCAACGAGGACUUCUUCUUCGACGGGCUGGGCCUCGGCCACGCCAGGAAGAUGUCCCUGAAGCUCAAGGUGGUCAACAAGGGCAGCAGCCUUAAGCGGGACACGCUGCUGGGGGAGAAGGAGCUGCCGCUCACCACCCUCCUGGCCUUGUAGGGCCCCGGAGGGAGCC